AUACACCAAAAAGUUUGAUGUGGCUGGCGGGAAAAAAAACUGUCCUGCCCGCGAUCAAGAGAAUAUAAACGCUUUGUAUUCUCUUGCUACAGCUUUAAGACGCAGAUACUUGUGGAAAUCUGACUAAAGCAUAUCAAAGACAACAAAGCUUUAAGAUGCCAAUGAGCCAAAAGGAUUUGACUAAAAUCAGCUGUAAAAUGCCAUUGGUUAUCUGUGUAGUUUUAUUCUUACUUGAGAAACGACUUGGGGCUUUGGGAAACAGAUGUUCAUCAGCUGAAGAAGCGACUAAACCAUUCUCAAUGGUGCCGACCGUGGACAUGAACAACUUGGAAUUCCCGAAUGAGCAUGUUCUUCCAACUGGCUAUAAUAUAACAGUCGUUUGUACAAGCAAUCAUCCAGCUUUCUCGAAUCAUAAAUAUUACUUACCCUACUGGAUACAGUAUUUUUUCAACGAUGACUACAAGAGAGAAUUUAGUUGUGGUGGUGGCAAUAGUGACUCACAUUACGAACGUUCAAAAGUGUGCAAAUACUUUAUUCAAAACGCCACCGAGGAGAACUCUGGGAAUUAUACCUGCAUUUCAACCAGUCACGUUGGAUGCACAAUGGGAACGAUGGCGUUGAUGUUUAAAAAGCCGUCACCUCCGCUUUUUACUCAUCACCAGCCUCGUGAAGUCGACUUUCUAAAAUCUAGUAAAGCCAAACUCAGCUGUAAUGCAUCAGGUGUUCCCCGUCCCUCCAUCACCUGGCUCAAAGACGGUAAUAGCCUUUCAAGUACUUCUGUGAUGGGGUCACAAAGUUAUUCGAUAUUGAAUUUUGAAUCUGUACACCCUCACGACCAAGGACAGUAUUGGUGCGAGGCGAACAGCACAGAGGGGCAGAGCAGAUCAGCUCCUGUAAAUCUAAGAGUGGUGUGGAAGCCAGUGUUCUCCAUUCAUCCCCAAGACACAACUGUGUAUGUUGACGAUGAUGCCACCACUGUGACUGUUAAUCUCUCGUGUGCAGCAAAUGGCUCCCCACUUCCAGUGAUCAGUUGGUUAAAAAACAACUCCAAAGUUGAAGAUGCAGUGAUUCGAAGUCAAAACAUCUCCAUCCUCACUGUUGUAAUCAACGAGGGGAGAGAAAAGCACUUAAGAUAUCGUUGCGUUGCUAAAAACUCGUUGGGAAACAUAUCUUCCCAGGAAGCCACACUGAUGAUCGCAAAACGCGAUGAGGAACGUUCACCUAUGAAGGCUGAUAACGGAACGAUCACCAACGAAAAUGGGUCUGAAAUCAUUUUUUCCACCGUGAUAACUGGGACUUCAAUUCUUAUUAUCAUCUUUAUUCUAUCUGUUAUCAAGUGGAGAAUGGAAAAGAGAUCAGUCUACCUACUAGACCAGGAGAUUUUUAGAAGGACUCAAGAGGCUUUUGCGAUUAAAAUCACAAGCACAAACGAUACGAUAAAUCAGUUACGAAACAGCCAGUCUGCAUUAACCGAUGAUGGUCAACACACGGAUCCAUCUACUACUGGCGAAAACGAAGUUGUUGAAAACGAAAUUUAUUUACAAUUGAUGGCAGUUGACAGAAACUGGGAGAUUCCCAGAGAUAGACUGACUAUUUCAGAGGAGAAACUUGGCAGAGGAGAAUUUGGAGAGGUUAAGAAAGGAGUUUACCUAAGAACUGAUGGAAAUGAACUUCCAGUGGCUGUGAAAAUUCUGAAAGAUAACAAAGACAGACAGCAGCGAAUGGCGCUAAUCAAAGAACUGGAGACACUUAUCCAAGUUGGUCGCCAUCCGAAUAUUGUCAGUUUGGUCGGAGCUUGCACCUUUGAAGAGCCUCUUUGCAUCGUCACUGAAUUUGUCUGUGGCGGAAGUCUUGAUAAAUUGCUUCGAAGUAGUCACGUCCAAAAUCACCAAGUUGAUCCAACUUAUGUUAACAUAUGGUCAAGACUGACAGAGAGAGAAUUAUUGAACAUUGCUUCAGACGUCGCUAGUGGCAUGAGCCACUUGGAAAGUAAACAGUGCAUUCAUCGCGACUUGGCGUGCAGAAAUGUUCUUGUUGGAAAAGGGUUGGUAGCCAAGGUGGCUGAUUUUGGAAUGGCACGUGACGUAUCCACAGAUGGGCAAUACAUCAAGACAACAGAGGGACGAGUUCCAUGGCUUUGGAUGUCUAUGGAAGCAUUAAGGGGAACUUGUACAAUAAAGGGAGACGUGUGGUCAUUCGGAGUAACCCUGUGGGAGAUUGUUACUCUUGGAGAACUACCGUACACGGGUAUCAAAGGCAUUUUAGAGCUUUACGAAUUACUGGAGGGUGGAGCAAGAUUGCCAAAACCACUGCAUUGUUCGGAUGAGCUUUAUAACAUUAUGUUAGGCUGUUGGCAGAGGAACCCUGACGAGCGUCCAUCAUUUGAACAGCUUUGUGAGAUGCUGGAGGAACUUUUACAGCACGAGACUAGAACAUACAUUAAUGUCACUUACUUCGAAGAGCAAAACAAAAAGGAAGCUAUUUGGGUUUGAGUUAACUUUACGUUCAACACAAGUGGAAGACGUUGCCAUGAAAGUGCAAAAUCGAAGAUCGAAGAUUUUGUCACUUAUUAAACGUGGAUAGACUUCAGGCGUAAGCCACCUGUUUACCCUGCCAUUAUGGGGAGAAAUAACAAGUUCAUCACUUCAGGAAUGGAUGCGCUGGAGGAUGGUGUAGAAUACUGGCAUUUAAUGACAGUUUGGCUAUUCGAGUAAACGCUUAUAUGAUAACUUUCCUUGUGAUUUUUUGGUUUAAUUCAAAUCUACUGAGCUUCCACUCUAAGUUGGUUAUAGCUAUGCAUGUACUUUGAAAUGUAGAUGUGAGUCAAUUUUUUAAUUUUUAGAAUAGUCAACCAGCACAAUUUAACGUAGCCUCGGGGCUCCGAACAGAUUACAUCUGUUUUGUACUUUGAAGUACUGUCCCUUAGCGAUGAUAAACUCAUAAUUACAACGGUGUAUCCUUGUUUUAAUUUUAGUUGCUGGUUUAUUAUCUUUUUUUUCUUAAAUACAUUUUUUUUAUACGGGAAUCACAAGUGUGACUUAUUCACUUUUUAUUAAUUUACACAGAUUAUCUUCAAAAAGAUGAUCCUAGCUCAUCAUUGCAUAGAAAAAAACAUAUAGAUGCAUAGGUGAUUUAAAAUAAUGCCUCCUUUUUACGUUAUUAUUUUUCAUAAUAUUUUGCUAUUUUAGUCUUUGACGCUUCGCUUUCCUAGGAACAUUUUUUUCUCGAUCAGUUGCAAGUCUAGCCGAAGCCACAGAAUUGUUGUAUCUCGUUCAGAAAUCUGAAAGAGUUUAUAAACUUUGUAUUUACCGUAGGAAUUCAAAGAGGGGUAAGAACUUAUAAAUCUUGCUCUUUACACUUUGACGUCGCUGAUCCUGACGAUAUGCGAGACUUGCGAGGAACUCAGAGCAUCCAAUUAGUGAAGUCGCUAGCCUCGAAUCUUUAAGGGGGGCUGAGACUUUUAAUCGACUCUUUGAUCUGGGCACGAAUUUUACAUUUUCACUAUUUCAGGACCGAGAUAAGAUUCGCCACCAUGUUAUCUUAAUCACCACUCAGGACUCUUUCGAUAUUGCUCGACGAUCACAGAUCAUCGCGGUGUAUGCCAGGAGCCGCAUAAGACAAAAUAACUCAUAAUACUGAUAUGCGUUCUAUCUCGCCAAGCGUUCACUACGGCGCAAAGUAUAGCAAUAUCAUUUGACUGGUCUUCGGAACUUGGGGAAGAUUAUUUUCGUAGAUUAAACUAGAUACAUUCAACAACUUUCAUUUUCGUUUUUUGUUAUUAUCAUUAUUAUUAUUAUUUCUGCUUCAAUGGGCUUACACUCAGUAUCACAUAACCGUGAAUUUACCUCAGACUGCUUUGCUUCCACAGCUGCCUGGUAUUUUAUUUCAAGUUUUUCUCGUAAUGCGGUUGUUUUCUAUUCUCUGUCAAUAAUAUCCGUUAACUUUGAUUUCAUCUCUUGUUCUUCGAAUGGUAUUGUCAAUAGCCUCUCUUUCAUGAUACUUUCUACUGAUGUCAGCUUGUUCAA